GCGCUGUGCCGUUUCAGUGCGAGGCCUUAGCUCGCGUUCGGCCGGCGCGCGUGUACUUCCCUCGACUCCGACGACUUACGAAGUUACGAUUACGACUCCGACGACUUACGAAGUCACGACUACGGCUCCGAAGACGGCGACGACUCCGGCGGUGGUGGCGGCGUUGGCGUCAUAAUAAUCAUCGCAUUAUUUGUUUUCACCUCCCCCGUCGUCACCGGAGACAAUACUGCUGUAUUGCAGUUGUCGCAAUCGUGAUAAUUCGCAGCUAUAAAAAGCCACCAAAUUAAAUAAUAUUAAUGUUCACUGAACUAUAAUGUCCAUAUUACCACCUUCGCGUGGAAAAAUUGUAUUUGGACUGGGUAUAGCCUACUUACUGGUGCAGUUUUUAUAUGUCAGCUAUUACAACGAAACACGUCGCUUUGACAAUCUGAUUGCAACGACAACGCAAGAAUACUUUCCAUCGACCAAUCCUGUGCCAAUAACUCACCUCAAUCUUUCCGGUAUUCAAACUAUGUUUUAUAAUGAUGUUCAAACUAUAGAGACAAAAGACAAAAAUCUUCUCAUGCCGUGUCCACAAACUCCACUUGCUUUAAAUGGAACAGUGCGUUUGCUUGUACCUGCUCAGGAAACUUUGGAAGAAGUGGCGCAGGAGUUAUCCUGGCUAAGAUUUUUAGAAGGCGGACGCCAAAUGCCUUUAGAUUGCCAGGCGAGAUAUAAAAUUGCAAUUAUAGUGCCUUAUAGAAACCGACUAGCCAAUCUUUGUUCAUUCCUUUUAAAUAUGCAUCCAUUUUUAACAAAACAACAGUUGGAUUACACUAUAUUUAUCAUAGAACAGUUCGACGAUGGACUCUUUAAUCGGGCGAUGUUAAUGAACGUUGGGUUUACCGAAGCUUUAAAGUUACAUGAUUUUGAUUGUUUCUUUUUCCAUGACGUAGACCUUAUACCAGAGAAUGACAGAAACAUAUACAGUUGUCCCGAUCAGCCAAGACACAUGUCAGUAGCUAUUGACAAAUUUAAUUACAGACUGCCAUAUGUGGAUUUAUUCGGUGGAGUGAUAGGAAUGAGCCGAAAGCAUUUCCAGCUGGUCAACGGAUUCAGUAAUAUGUUCUGGGGAUGGGGUGGCGAAGACGACGACAUGGCGUCUCGGGUCAAGGCACAUGAUCUAAACAUCACCAGAUACCAUCCGGACGUGGCACGUUAUCACAUGCUAACACAUGCCCAACAAAAGGCCAACCCAAAAAGGUACGAAAAAUUAUACAGCGGCCGGAAACGAUUCAAAACGGACGGACUUAACAAUCUCGAGUACCGGGUAAAAGCGUUGAAACAAUUGCCGCUUUUCACAUAUUUGCUGGUCGACUUGACUAGUAGGCGUAGUUGAUGGACGAUGAUGAUGUGGCACUGGCCGUUUGGUCAGCAAGCCGCUUAAAAAAGCCAUUUAUGGUCUCUCUCUCGCUCUCUCUCUCUCUCUCUCUCUCUCUCUCUCUCUCUCUCACUACACUUUAUUUCUCUCUCUCCCUUUCCUAUCUGAGAGAGUCCCGUGGCAUAUUGUUAUUUUUAUUUUAAAAUUGAUUUACAAUGUAAAGUAAGCAUAAGUACGUAAUAUUUAUGUAUGUAUUAUGUAAACAUUUUUUUCUUUUUAUAUAUAUAUUAUAUUAUAUUAAAUUAUCAGGGUUAUCGUUCCCUGAUUUGGUGCUAAACUAAAACAUGUAUUGUUAUUUGCAUACGCACUUGAAUUAAAUAUGUAUAAAACGGGGAGUUAUAUACGGCCGGAUAGAUAUCGUCGGACUCACGAGGAAAAAAAUCAAAAUCCGAUAUCCUUUUAUUAUUUAUUAUUAUUAUUAUUACUAGUACCUAUCACUAUCCCUCGAUUUUCGGAAAAUUGGUGUCGACAUUAAAAUAAUAUAGAAACAACGAAUGUGUGUUUUAGCGCAAAACAAUAAUACUGUUCCAUUAGACAAGCAUAGAACACAGCGAUCGCAACCCAACAGACGUUUGAAUAAAAUAUAAUACUUGCAGUAUUACGGUUUCUCUGCAGUGUCUGGACGCGGCGUCUAGUGUUGACUACCGGUCCGGACAUAUCAACGUCCAGACGAUGCAGGGAAACCGUACCUUUACGCAGUAUUUCUUAACGAUCUCAUCAUUGUCUAACUUAAUGUCUGUUUAUAACAACUUUCGUCAAAAACUUUAAUCAGAUUUUAUAAAAUUUAAUAUUAUUAUGAUUACCCCGAUAACAUUUUAAACGAUUACAAUGACCUAUUAGAUUAAUUAGGACCUGUUAACAUGAUAUCUAUUUCGUAGUUUUUUAACAUACCGGUCACUUUUUCACUCGUUAACAUCAAAUAUUUCAUAUGAUUAUAAAUUACAUAUUAUAUAAUAUUACAUUAUUUCGUGGUUUAUAUUUACUGGUAUAAAACAUUUUCUAAUACCUAUAGAGAUAUGGGUAGAUAUUAAUGAUAUUAUAGCAAUAUUUGUUUUUUUUCUAAAAUAUUUUCUCUCAUUUCAUAUUCAUAUUGUAGAUAAUAAUACACCAACUAAUGAAUUUUUGAACAUUAUACACCUUGUAUAUAAAACAUACCAUAGUGGUGAGGUUCAUUUUUAUUUCACUAAUCUUACUUUCAUGUAUACACAACAAUACUUUUUACAUAUUUCAUGAUUUUGGGAUCAAUAAAUAGGCAAUAAGUAUUAGGGUAGGCCUAUUUUUGGGUCAAUAUGACUCUGUGAUAUUUAUUAAAUAUAUAUUAAAAACAUUAAAUACAUUCUCUAUCUUUUAAUUGAUUCAAAAACCGGGCAAUUUUAUCAUUUAAGGACCCGCCGUAUUUGUUAUUUAAGAUAAACGAGACUUGUAGAUUUAUAAAUUCAUCAAUUUAAAAUGUAACUUAUUAAUAACUAUGAUAAUAUAAAAAUUAUAAUAUAUAUUAUGUACGUAUAUCUGUAUAAUAGUAAUUUAUUAUUGGGUACGUUUACAAUUAGGCGUGUACCUAUUUUUUUUAUUGAUGUGUUUUUUGAAAAUAUUUUUAUUAGUUUAUAUAAUAUAUUUAUUUAUAUGUGUUUUAUUAUAAAGGAUACUACUUUUUAAAAAAUUAACAUUUUGUCAUCCUAUAAUAUAUUAAAAUUAUGUAAUACCCAACGAAUUUUGCGUCCAAAACACUCAUAUUUUGAGGCUAUCAAAUCUUAUUAAAUCUAUACAAGUUAUUGGUAUAUUUACCUGUGAAAAUUACUAAAAUUCUACAACUAUAAAAUAAAAUUAAAUCUACAAUAAUACAUUAAUUUUAUAAAACAUACUCAAAGAAUAAUCAAUAGAAGUUGUAUUUUAAAAUCGAAUUCAAACUCACGAGUACUCUUUUUAUUAUCUACAAUAAACUUCAUUGUAACAAAAUAUUUUUAAACGUAUUUUAAGACUGUACAAAAGCAUAUUUAAAAAAAUUGUAAAAACGUGUUGUAUUUAUAAACAUCGAAUCAGUACAUUGUAAAAACCUAACCUAACCUUAAAAAUUUCAUUAUUUCAUUAAUCAUAGUUAAAAAUGUAAACCUGAAUAUUAGUUGUUAUUGGAUACUUAAAAAAUAUUAUAAAUAAAAUUAAUAUUUUAAUCGACGAUUUAAGUGGAGAAGUUGCUAAUUAAUUAAAAGUAUAAAAGAUAAAUUUAAUUUUGGAAUUUAUGCAAUAGUAUACAACACAAUAUUUUAACCCAAUAAACCUAUGAAUUUAAAUGUUGUAAUUUUAAUAAUACGUUCACAGUUAUUUAAUUAUCUUAUUAUUAUAUAUACAUUUAGUAAAAAAAAAAAAUACAUAACAUUUAUGAGAAUACGUUUGAAAAUAUUUUUAAAAUAAUUAUUACAGCAAUGUAACAUUUCAAAUUAUCAACAAAAAUAUAAAUACAUAUUUAUAAGAAAAAUAAAUUGUCCACAGACGUCUUAUGCUGUAAAUUUGUUAUUACGUAUUUAUUGUUUUACAUUUUACUUAUUGUAUUAGAUAUAUUUUACCACAUAGAGUGUACAGACUGACAUCAAUGUGUAUUUUUUUUUCAAUUAUAUUUGUUGAAAGUUCGUUUUUAAUGAUGUUCAUAAAAUAAUUUAGAUACCUAUACCCUUGUCACACUCGUAAAUUUAUUAAGUUAUUACUUGGAUACUGUAGUAGAACUAGGGUAUUAUUUGUUAUACAUGUUUUUUGUUUUUUUUUUAAGCGAAGUUUAAUACUUAUUUUUCCUUAUUGUUAUAUUGUAUGUACUUUUUUUUGUAACUUUUGAAUUUAUUUAGGUCAUAUCACUUCUGUGCUAAAAUUCUUGAAACUAUUCAAUAAAUUAUUUCAUUUUUAAAUUCUAAUAAUUGAGUUACACAAAUAUUGUAUGACUUGUAUUAAUACAUAUCAUAAUAAUAUUACCUUUUAA